AUGCUGAUAGAGUGGAGGCUGAGAAACCUGGCCCUGGAUGAAAAGAUCCUGAAAGGGGGCAUUGGGCUUUUCCAUUUUGGUCUCCCUGGCAUCCAGCGCAGCAUAUGGUGCACGUCGGUGAUGCAGGUGAUGGCCUCAGAUGCGGAUGACCCCACGUACGGCAGCAGCGCUCGGCUGGUGUACAGCGUGCUGGACGGCGAGCACCACUUCACCGUGGACCCCAAGACCGGUGAGGGGCGGACGGCCGUGCCCGACCUCGACCGCGAGAGCCAGGAGCGCUACGAGGUGGUGAUCCAGGCCACAGACAUGGCGGGCCAGCUGGGCGGCCUCUCGGGCUCCACCACCGUCACCAUUGUGGUCACCGACGUCAACGACAACCCACCCCGCUUCCCGCAGAAGAUGUACCAGUUCAGCAUUCAGGAGUCGGCCCCCAUCGUUUCUCUGCUGCCAAGCGGGGAUCUACAUGGAACCAAAGCCCAGGAUUUCCGCCAGGUAACGAUGGCGCUGGUAAUGGGUGACAGCGAUGGUGUUGACGACGGUGAUGGGGCGGCACUGGGGGUUAUGGUGGCGGAGGUUGCCAUGAUACAUGAUAUGAUACCAGGGGUGCCAAUGCCAAAGGCAAUGGUGGUGACGGUGAUGGUGACAGUGAUGAUUACACCGAUGACCCAGUGGGUGGUGAUGGAUGGUGACGGCAACAGUGCUGACAAUCAUGCCCAGCUCUCCCGGGCAUCCCUAAGGAUCCGAAUCCUGGAUGUGAACGACAAUCCCCCGGAGCUGGCCACCCCCUACGAGGCAGCGGUGUGCGAGGAUGCCAAGCCAGGACAGCUUAUCCAGACCAUCAGCGUGGUGGACAGAGACGAGCCUCAGGGCGGGCAUCGCUUCUAUUUCCGCCUGGUGCCUGAAGCACCCAGCAACCCUCAUUUCUCCCUGCUUGACAUCCAAGACAACACAGCAGCGGUGCACACACAGCACAUGGGCUUCAACCGGCAGGAGCAGGAUGUGUUUUUCCUGCCCAUCCUGGUGGUGGACAGGCCAUGGUCAACCCUGAGCAGGCAGCAGACGCUCACCAUCCGCAUCUGUGGCUGCGACAGCUCCGGCACCAUCCAGUCCUGCAACACCACAGCCUUCGUCAUGGCCGCCUCCCUCAGCCCAGGCGCCCUCAUUGCCCUCUUGGUCUGUGUCCUCAUCCUGGUCGCACAAAGGCCUCCCCUCAGCUCUGGCCGCUGGACUUCGCCGACCAGCCAGAGCCCCAGGAACUCGAGCGCGGUCCAGAUCGCAGACACCAGCUUGGCCCAGUUCCCUGGGAGAUACUCGCUUCCGCAGGGGCCGCCCAGCCCCGAGCCGGACUUCUCGGUGUUCAGGGACUUCAUCAGCCGCAAGGUGGCGCUGGCGGACGGGGACCUGUCGGUGCCGCCCUACGACGCCUUCCAGACCUACGCCUUCGAGGGCGCGGACUCGCCGGCCGCCUCGCUCAGCUCGCUGCACAGCGGCUCGUCGGGCUCCGAGCAGGAUUUCGCCUAUCUCAGCAGCUGGGGCCCGCGCUUCCGGCCCCUGGCCGCGCUCUACGCCGGCCACCGCGCGGACGACGAGGCCCAGGCCUCCUAG